CCAACCGUCCGUCAACGGAUAAUUUGUUCAUGGCUAAAUGAAUAGGCCCACCUAGUUAUUUUCUAGCCCCGGUUGGGAGUCGUUUAUAGCUAGCUCAAAACAAAAUUUCGCAUCACAACGGUAAUACACGAUUGUACGCUGCUCCUUCUGCUUUCUAGGUAUCAAUUCUGAUUUAGAAAUGAUGGGAUAAAGUGUAGAGCAGCCCCAACGAUUUCGCUGUCAUUACCUAACCAUCGUCGAGUAAUAACCUUCGAAUAGGUUAUUAGAUGUCUUUAGUAUAAGUUUUGUAACGUUUUAAAGACAACAUAGCACGAGUCAACCUACUAGGCUUUUCUCUGCGCUUGACGCUGUGAGAAAACAGACUCCGAAAUUCAAAACAAUUCCUGAAAAUAAAGGCUAUGCUUUCCGUGUGCAAAGUUUUUUGAUGCGACUCUGAGGCGGGUACUACUAUGUUCUGAUAUUUUUCUCCCUUUUCUUAUUAUCUAAUUGUUCUCUAUAUGGUGUCCGUGUGAAAAUGUAACGUGGUUAUAGAGAGAUAUCUUUAAUGCUCUUCCCACCUGUGUAUUUGGUGCUAUGUAUGUGAUUAGACUGAACGUAAUUGCUUCCUGACUGGAUAAAUUGUGAAGCAAAUGUAUUCUUGCAUCGUGUAAGUGCCGUGGCUGCGUAGCAAUGUUUUUGGCAAGGACCAAAUAUGAUGAGCCUUGAGGACUACGGAUACUCCUUAGUGAUGCUGUGCGAUUUUGACGGUAUUGGAUAUUAUUGAGGAUAGUACCAAGAACAAGUGCGUGAUGAUGUGAUGAUGGUAAGUGGAUUGUGGAUAAUGCUGUCUUGCCGUUAAGAACGACAGGGAGAAUUACAGCUGCACCACAGACGGACAAUAUCUUCCGGUAGCAUGGGGUACCAAAAUGGUGCUGAAGAUUGCAGCGCCAGGAAUAGAACAAGCGAGAGUCUUAAACAACGCUAAUAGGAAUCAAUGCCGAAAGCGGCAGUGUAUGAGUUAGGCCGACGGUGAGGAGACAUUUCGAACAACUGGGGAGUGUAUCUGAGCACCGGGAUCAUAUAAUAAACGUCUUUAGCAUGUGGAUAACAACGAACACCUUUCAGCAGUUGGUUUAUCUGCCGGUGUUGUGGCGACAGCUAUUGUUGAUUUUUCUGUGCCUGGGACAGUUACUAGCCCCAGUAUGGGCUGGACUCCGUACAAAAGACGACACGAGUCUGAUCGGUAGUUCAUCCGAAAGAAGCCAGAGCGGCGGCGGCUCAAUUUCAGGACUACCGAAAAUAAUAGAACAUCCACGCGACCUCGUCGCACUGCGAGAUGACCCUGCGCAGUUGGACUGCGGGACAGAAAAUGCUGAUACGGUGCAAUGGUUCCACAAAGGUCGAUUGAUACGAAAUAAGUUACGCACCACUUCGUCGCUAGGCGUUUUGUACUUUCUUUCCGUAUCACACGCGGAUGCCGGCGUCUACUACUGCGAAGCGUCAAACGCCAGAGGAACCGUCCGCUCCAAAAAUGUGACUGUCAGCAUUGCUUAUCUGCGUGAGGAGUUUAAGGCAAGUCCAGCAAACCUAUUUGUGUCGGUCGGCGAAACAGCCGUUCUCGAGUGUAAUCCACCACCAGGAUUGCCAAAACCUCAUGUACUGUGGUUAAAGGAAGGUCAAACGGUCAACGUUGGGUCAGGUCGGAGCCGUAUCCGGUUGAGUGAAGACUCAGGGAACCUUGUCAUCCAGGACGUCCGUCCCGCCGACAGCGGUAACUAUAUCUGCAAAGCCGAAAACUUGGUCGGUAUUCGGGAGACGCCCGCAGCGCGUUUACGUGUUCACAGUGUACCGUAUUUUAUCAUACGGCCUGAGGAUACGACAGUCGUGGCAUAUGAUGCCGACGUACGACUAGACUGUAGUGCGGGAGGCGAGCCCAUCCCCGUUAUUCGAUGGGCUAAAAAGCGGCAUCACCAACAGCUUCAGUCUCAUCUUUCGCAACAUCGUGACAUAGAAACUGACGGAGAUGAGCGACUGACAAUUGGCGGACGGUUUAAAGUCAGUGAAGGCAUUAUGGCAUCGCCUAACAGCAAUAACAAAAGUUCGUCAUCUUUGGAAAUCCUUAGCGUGGUACCAGAAGAUGAAGGCGAUUACGUAUGUGUAGCGGAGAAUGAGGCAGACAAGAUCACCGCAACCGCCCGCGUCACGGUCCAUGCACGUCCAGUGUUUUUGGUGCGGCCCCAGGAUGCAAAAGUUAGCGUCAACGGAAUAGCUAAUUUUGCCUGCAUGGCGACAGGCAACCCUCGGCCGAACAUUUAUUGGACAAGGGAAGGCCACCAGGCUAAUCUUAUGUUUCCCAAUAACACGUAUGGCCGUAUACGAGUCGAUCAUCUUGGUGGCUUCAGUAUCGCUGAUGUGAACAAGGACGAUGAAGGGUUCUACGUGUGCUCUGCGCUUUCAGCGAUCGGGUCAAUUAUGACAAAGGCGCACCUUGAGGUGAGCGGUUUGGGGGACCUUCCACCUCCGGUAAUUGAGCUAGGUCCCGUCAAUCAGACUAUCCCGGAGGGGCAACCUGCCACGCUUCCGUGCGAAACGAGUGGGUUGCCCCGACCUGAAGUUCAAUGGUUCUUCAAUAACAAAGAUCCCAUAGAUGAAGACGAUGAUGAACGAUUUAACAUUGAUUCGCAAGGGACGCUUACCAUUCAAGAUCUUCGUUUUGAGGAUAGUGGAGUUUAUACCUGUGUGGCAUCAAGCGACAGCGGAGAAACCCGACAGGCAGCUACACUCACCGUAGCACCGGUUCACGACCCAAAUGUGGCGUUUAGUCGGGCGCCCUCACCUGCCCUUCUUCCGGCGGCACCAUCGCGACCCCGAGCGGUGAACAUCAGCGACACGUCCGUCACACUCGUUUGGGAUCGCUCUGGCCAGGGAACAGACGACACGAUGGGCGCCAUGGGCGGAAGCUUCAAUCGGGUGAAAGCGUAUACCAUUGAGUAUUUUAGCGCAGACCUAAAAUCCGGCUGGGUGACUGUCGCCAACCGUAUAGGUCCUACGGAACUUUACACGAUAACGAGUCUCAAGCCCGACACACGGUACGUGUUUCUUAUAAGGGCAGAGAACGCACUAGGAACAGGUCGGCCGUCGGAACUCUCCAAGGUUAUUAGAACAGUCGGCAGUCGUACAGCCAGCGCUCCAGAUCACUAUCUUUCGCGAGCAAGAACCCAGCUAAGCAUUACUGAGGUAACUUUACGGAGUGUAAAAGCUGUCAAUUCGACCUCGCUCAGCCUUGACUGGAUUAUGGCUGGGGACAAAGAUUUUGUGGAGGGCUUUUACAUUCGUUUCAAAGACAUGGUAGACAACAGCAACAAAUACAACAUGGUGACUGUGUGGGGAAGCAAGGUUACUCGUUACGUGCUCAAGGACCUCAAGAAGUUCACCAAGUAUGAAUUGUUUCUUGUACCCUUCUAUAGAAGUGUCGAAGGUCCACCGAGUAACACGCGCGCCGCAUCGACACUCGAAGAUGCUCCAUCUGCCCCGGUAACCGAAAUCUCUGUCAAUGUGGUGAAUACAACAAGCGUAUGGGUACAGUGGAAGCCUCCGUCUCCACAACACCGCAAUGGAGUUCUUCUCGGCUACAAGCUCCUCUUACUGGGAGCCAUCGCGACGACAAACCAGAACGUCCUCACCAACUCGACCAACUAUGUCUUCGUCAACCUAAUCGACGGCAUGCGAUACAAGCUUCAGGUACUGCCGUACACUGCCGCAGGUGAUGGCCCUCCGAGUCACUUCGUCGACUUUUCAACUGACGAGCUUUCUCAGCAGCCUGUCAGCAUGAGCGGGGGGCCACUGUUACAUAAUCAGGUGUUAGUCGUGUUGCUCGGCUGUAUUUUCGCCUUCCUUGUCAUUACCGCCUGUAUUCUAUUCUACUUCUGCAGAAAUCGACACGCACUCAAGACAACUGUGUCUGCGGUUCCUCCGCUCGCCACGAAAGGCGGCGAUAUUAAUAACUGUUUCACUGCCUCACUAACGCAUCAUCCCGGGGUCGGUUUGGAUACAUGGGCACCAAUGAACGAUUGUUAUGGUGAUGCCAAUAAGGGCCCUUUGGCAACAACUACCACAGUCUACGAGAACAAACUCAGCGCCCUCGAAGGAAUCAGCUAUUGCGCUGAGUAUGCGUUGCCGAACGUAAAGGAGAGCGAGUAUGCCGAAGUUGGACAGAACUUGAACACGUUUGGAAAGCGAUAUCAGGGCUCACAGCUCGGUCACACACCCAAGCCGUACGCGUCAACGGCGCUUAUCCACGGCCCACUCGAUGCUGCUGUAGGAGGCGCUACUUCGGCGGCAGUAACCCGAGGAGCCAACAACGUUGCGGUCACGCUCAAAUCCCUCGCUUCUAGGGGCUCUGACACAACACGUUACACGAAUGCCGGCGGCCUGGGCGGCAUCUGCGCAGGCUCCGGCCAGGUAGGAGCAGCUACUACUGGAAACGUAUCAGCGGGAGGAGGAGGAGGAGGAGGAGACGGCCAAGCGCACGAGUUCGAAAGCCUGUUACAGGCCGCGGUGCAGGCAAACAGCGGUGGCACUAGUAUGCACAGUAGCUCGGGGGACUCUGGUAGUUUCGGUCGCCGAUCGGGCCUGAGCGGCGGCUCCCAGCAUACCGAGUGCAGCAGUUGUAAUGGUGCGGGCCACGGCGGUUGCUGCUCGGAUGAAUGUCCGUCGGAACCGAUCUACAAUACCGUGUCAGAGGAUACCGGCUUACCACAUGAGAGCUUCGCUACAUCUGCAAUGAGUGUUACUGGCGUUGUUGGGGCUGACGGUCUUGGUCUCGGAAGUGACGGCUGCGGCGGCGGCAAUGGAAUAGGAGUCGCCGUCGGUGUAGGCCUAGGCGCGGUCAGCGCGAGAAACUACAACAGCCAUGGAGGACAGUUACGUAGCGAAAAGAAGCAACUCAAACUGAAGAAUAAUUUAAACAAUUUCAACUCGUUGCAGCACAUGGAUGAUAGCAUCACAUUGCCAUCCUACACUAAGCCGUCGCUAUUUUCACCUAAUACACCGGCUGCCAGUAGAAGAGGCAGUGCGGUUACGCGAGCCCAAUUAUAAGGCAAAUUCACAUACAAACAAAAAGAAAGUGGAAGACCUUAAUAAUACAAGCGAUAUAUUAUAUCUACGUAUCUUAGCGGAACUGGCUUUAUCUAGCUAAUGUAAAUAGACCGGCAGUGCAGGAGAUCAGACAGCUUGAACGACGAGUUACGCAAGCGCAUUUUGGUCAGCCCCAAUGGGCCCACAAGAUCAGUUGAAGGGGGCGCUUCAGUAUAAGCUGUCAGGGUCAACAUGCAUAAACUAGCGCAUGCAGACUUAAGAAAAAGGAAGCAAUAAUUAGAAACAUGUAACUGUUAACAAAUGAUAGCAACUGCUGAUAUACACUUAAGAAAGCAGAGAUAGAGGACGAGCUUGAUGCAUUUACAGACUGCAACCCUGCAGAUGAAAACCAGCGCAGCGAGUGCAGUUGAGAAAGGAACAAGUUUACCGCUGGGUUUAGAGCGAACAACGCCAGUUAUGGGACUCAUAAGGGGCAAAUGUAAAACCACGAUGACAAGCAAAGACGCAUGCGAUAGCGGAUGUGUCGCCGUCAAGCGGGUGUGAGAAGUCAGAAAUAAUAUGAACUAUUAUAAAGGGGUGAAAUAUCAAGGUGACGCCGCGAUAUGUAAAUAAUGAGCGUGAGCAGACGAAUGAGGAAAAAUGUCAAAUUAACGUUGCUGUUACUUCUGGCAAUUGGUAGAAACGUCCGUAAACACAAUCGCUUGUGAGGGAACUCGGACGACGAGAAUGACACCCCAUUCUGGUAUAUGUGAGGGUCGUUGCCGUAAAUUCGUAUUGCUUGGCAAGCGUCAGUACGUCAAGGACGUCAUAGGCCAGUUGAGAGAGCUGAAAUUAAGAUGCAAUAGAAGCAACGAUACAGGCAACAUCAUAUGAGUUCGGUGAGGGUUGAUUACAAGGACGAUGCCAUAUCAUGUUGGUGCCUAGUCAGUAUAAUGUCAACAGAGACAUUGAUGUAUCAGAGCUCUAUAGAUGUUAAAUCAGAGAUGAUCGUAGCGACCGGGUUACGAGAUUGCGAGCCGAUUCAUUUAGUAUUUAUACACGCGCUCCGCCUAGGUGCAGCUGUCAGCAAUGAUCGAUUGAGCUGGUAUAACUAUUUUUUGUUAUCGUAAAUAUAAUUAAAAACCGAUAAUGAACAAUCACGCGUACGCAGACGUCGUUGCUGAUAAAUGCAAUUCUAAGUGUUAUCCUAUAGAUUGACUCCCACUGAUAUUCUGCACAAUCUCACCUAUGCCAGGGCCCCAUGCCGACGAUAGGUGAGCGUUAUAUGCGACGAAACAUACUCGCAGCGACCGGCAGCGCCAAAAAAUAUAAAACAAUGGCAAAAAAAUACAAUUAUAUAUUUGUACAUAUCGCCCUGUAGUGAGUCAAUAGCGAAGCGAAGAAGAAUAGACCGAGUGAAGAUCAAAUCAGGGCACAAUUCUCACUUGGUUUAAGCGAGUCAGUCGAUCUAUUCAUGUCAAUUGAACUAUGUUCAGAUGACGUAUUACUUUUUUUUUUCUGCUAAAAAUAGUCAAAACGUUGCACGGAUUGAGGAACACGUUCCAAAAAGUACUUAUGACGCUUUUGAUUAUAGUCUCGGCCGGUCUAGACCCAUUUCGUCAAACCCACUAAAACUACUGUUAAAUGACUUGUGCUCUGUACAGCGAGUGUAUAUAAUCAUAGGCAGGAUAGAGAGAAAUCAGAUCGGAUGCACAUAAACACAUGUUUAUCUGAUAGACAGACGUUUGCAUCAAUAUGAUAAAUGUACACAUCCUAUUUACUCAUCACCAUAUCAAAAGGUCAUAGAGAAAAGACUAUUAUUUAUUUUUUUUUUGCCCUCGCAAUGUAUUAAGUAGAUCUUGGAUUUGUGUCACAUAUACAAAGGUUCGUAUCGCGUACAUUUCUUUUUUUCUUUCCAAUUUUAAACCGAUCAGUAAUAUGUGUACGAAUGCUUGGAAUAUUCUAUAGACAUCCGUAUUCAAUGCAGCCUUCGAAUUCACGCAAAGAGGGUAAAAACACGCGCUCCAGAACCCUCUAACUAACUGUCAUGUCGGUUUUCGUUAGAUCCGUUGCACAGUCGUUCAAUCAUAGAAGAAUUACUACGAAAAAUUCGGCCGAUUUCAGAUCGUGUCUCAGAUAGCUUUCUCUGCACUAACCUUAAUAAUUUACAUCGUUUCGAUAUCACAACUUAAAAACAAACUAAUCAGGUACGCCCAUCUUGCUUCCUAUGUAAGCGUCAUUUGAAAAUUGCAAAGCAGAUCAACAAGGAUAUCAUUUUUUCGCUGCGAACAAAUUCGGGAAGACAGAACGGGAAGCUUCUAAUGUACAGCUUCUCGCUAUUUAGCACUAGCGGCGAAAAAAUCUCCCUAGAAAUGUCAAGCUUAGCUGCAAUAGUAUAUAAACACAAACCUAAAUAAGGCCCCAUCCCCUCGCUACUGGGGCCCAGAGACAAAAGACAACGGCUAAUCAAAUGUGUGACCUUUCUUUUUUUUUUUUUUUUUUUUUUUUCUAUUAAUUUAACGCGUCACUUCACUGACUGUUCGUGACCUGUUGAAUACAAAAACAGUAUAAUACACAGCCGAAACAAACAUUAGGUAUUCACUAGACGAAUACACGUAAUAAAAUUGACACAAGAAAACUGACAGAGUAUUCUACUAUUGCUAUUAUAUCUAGUGAUGAUGAAGGUGACCAUGAUCAUGACGGUUGGGGUGGAAGAUCAGUCUUACUGCUAAGUGAAGUAAGACAUGAAUAUCAUAGGAAGUGUCUACUGUAGAGUGAAGCACGCAUAAUAAUACAAUACGUAUUAUAUUAAAGGAGCACAAAAACGAGCGAAGAUAUAGAAAAUGACAAACAAUAGCAACAAUGAUGAGGUGAGGCGAGACGUUAGGUCAGACGGACGUGUCUGUGAGUGUGUGUGUGUGUGUGUCUUGAGGUAAUAGUCUGACAGCAAAAAUUACGCUAAUUUGUGUCUGUGUGAGCGUUGUAUUACUGGUAUUCUAUCACAAAUCACUCAUAGUUCAAUUGUACUUCACGAUUGAUCAUCUUCGGUCAUCUAUCGGCUGUUUAGAAUGACGGUGACACUUCCCACCGUAUGUCUAAUGGCACACCUUCGAUGAGUGCUGGAUUCUGUUACGGAUAGCUAACAUAAUAAUAAUAAUAAUAAUUUGUCUUUUUAAGAGAAAAAGUAUUUGUGCGGCAUGCAAUAUGGCGCAAGCCAUAGGAGAGUCAACGAUUGGUUUUCCACCUUACGGCAGCGACAGUGCUCGUGACGGCAUAGCCCCAACGCCCCAAAAGCUGUUCUGCUGUCGCAAGCGACGGGGGGCGAAUCCUCAAGCAAAAGUCUCAAUUCGUGGUGUUGAGAGACUUGUAUCAAUCUGCUUCUUGGACGAAUCCGCAAUUGAUCCGUUAGGCAAUUAUCAAUGCUACUGUUUUACGCUGCUUGUAAACGUAAUGUUUUUUUCUUUUGCAAAAACAACGCUACGGUAAACGUGAACUGCUACAGCCGAUGAACAGUUCAGAGACGGAUGAAUUUGAAUGAAUAGAUGUACGUGACCAGAAUGGUACGCGGUUAGAGAUAGCUGAACACCAAUUAUCCGGAUUAACAGGAUUUGUCAACACCACUACCAGCCUGUGAUAAUGUAAUCGUUUGGCAGCGAAUAACAGAAAACGCUGUCGAAACAGAGAUCGAACACGGAAUGAUAACAAUAUAUGAUCCAACACUAAUAUCUCAGCGGCGAUAGUGAUUACUAUUAUGAUUAUCGGAAACGUCACAAAUAGCGGACAAAUAGAUAGCGAUGGAAAUUUGCUUCGCUAUAGUUUUUUUUUUUUUUUUUUUUUACUGGUACAUUAUUGGACCUGCUGAUGAGCCUGUAAAAACAACAGUGUCGUUUAUCAAAACAAACGUGCAUGUAUGCCCCCCUUUAGUGUCUACGAUUCUCGUAUGGGAACCUUGUCGUUGAAAAACGUAUAAAAAUAAUAAUAACAGUAAUGAUAAUGUGCGUGUUUCCUCAGGCAUGAAGAGGGUUCAGACAGAUAAAAGGCAAAGUUGAGUUGGCAAAUGGCAGAUGGAGUGAGGAAGGACCGCCGACGAGUCUAGUUGGGUAGUCGCGUCCGAAACGUGAACAAGAAGGUCACAGGACAAUAUGAACGUCAUAAUAUUAUGGAUAAAGCAUAAAAAUUAGAAGGAGACAAGAAAGAUAUAAUGAAACGAUAUAUGAAUAUUACGAGGUGGUUAUGUUGACUAAGU